CAGCCGACACAAGCGUGCUGUGUUUAUCGUCACCCCCGUGUACCUUUUCCCGCAAUAGAAAAAGCUCGGUGCCUCCUUCGCUCCGGGCUCCAUAGAUUCUCGGAGACUUCACACGUACGAUCUCGUCGCUUUUCGCUCCUUCCUCUCCGCUCCACAUCCGCUCGUCGACGCGACACAGAGAGAGGGAGAGAAUCACGCGUUGAUGCCGUGGAAUCUCCAGGAACAGCGCGGCCGAAGGUCGGGUUUCGUCCAACGGGCCUCCUCCUUCUUCGGAUUCGAUCGAUCUUGAGCUGUUCUUGAGCGGCAGAAUUCGCGUUCUCCUUUGAUGCCCGGCACGUUGCGUCGUGCCUGAGGUGAUCUUUCCUUCGUGGGUCGGGGAGUUCGGCUCGAGUCUUGCGGUUCUUGGUCGUGAAUUUCCUCUCCCUCUCUCUCUUUUGGGCGAUGGGUUGGUGGGUUCGUAUGCGGGGAGGGAGAAGUCCGCCGGUUGCUGUGAAGGUGUCGUGCCUCUUGCUGGCCUGCAUCUUGUUGGUCGUGUGGCUGAACUCUCCUUCGGAGCUGGUUUUUCCGAAGGCCAGGCAUGUGUUCAACAACCUCAACGGCGAUCAGCACGCGUGCAAGGCCUUGCACGAUUUAGAGGACUACAAGGCCAAGUGUCAGUACGUGAAGUCGAAGAACCCAUGUUCCUCUCGCGGCUAUAUAAAUUAUUUAUACAUAUUCUACUGCACAUUUUCGGAUUUGCCGAUACUGGGUUACGGUUUCUUGAUUCUGUGGCUAGUUGUGCUGUUUUACUUAUUGGGGAACACGGCUUCCGAGUACUUUUGCUCCUCCCUCGAGAGCUUGUCUAGGCUUUUGAAAUUGUCCCCGACGAUCGCCGGAGUUACUCUGCUUUCGCUCGGCAACGGCGCGCCAGAUGUCUUUGCUAGCCUCGUCUCCUUCACGGGUAGUGGGACUCAGAGCGUUGGGCUCAACACAGUGUUAGGGGGCAGUUCCUUUGUGACCUGCAUCGUGGUGGGGAUCAUAAGCUUUCUCGUGCACAAAAGACACAUUCGUGUGGACAAGUCUGCGUUCGUUAGGGACGUUUGCUUUCUUAUGCUGGUUCUCUUAUUCUUGCUCGUGAUCUUACUCAAUGGGGAGAUCAAUCUAUGGGGCGCAUUGGGUUUCCUGUCAAUGUAUGUCGCAUAUGUGGUCAUUGUUUAUGUUUCUCAUGCCCACUGGCAGAAGAAUUCCGACAUUGAAGGCAAUUUAUCGUCGAAUGAUGGAAGUGAUGAUUUGAGGAUCCCGAUUUUACAUGGCUUGGGAAAAGAACAACUUGCUUGUGUCGAGGAAACUCUAGAAGAUGGGUGUAAAUUGGAACUUGGAAGUUCUUUGGACUGUCAACCAUUGGGUUUCUAUCGUUGGUUUCUCCUUAUUCUAGAGUUGCCUCUUUAUCUGCCUAGGAGAUUGACAAUACCUGUUGCUAGUGAAGAGAGAUGGUCCAAGCCUUAUGCAGUUGCUUCUGUCACAUUAGCUCCGCUUCUCUUGACUGCCCUUUGGAGCUUUCAAGAAGAAAAUGCCACUUUCAAUGCUAGGCUAGCAGUCUAUGGGGUUGGAUUUCUGAUUGCAGUUUCUCUGGGAGUUGUAGCGUUUUACACUACCGAGUCAUCAGACCCACCAAAGCACUGUCUGUUCCCUUGGCUCGCUGGAGGCUUUGUGAUGAGCAUAACUUGGAGUUACAUUACAGCACAAGAAUUGCUGGGUUUGCUUGUUUCACUUGGAUAUAUAGUCGGGGUGAGUCCUUCUAUAUUAGGAUUGACUGUCCUGGCCUGGGGCAACUCACUUGGAGAUUUGAUGACCAAUUUAACAAUGGCCGUGAAUGGUGGAGCCGAGGGGACACAGGUAGCAUUGUCGGGGUGUUAUGCUGGACCUAUCUUCAACAUGUUAUUUGGCUUGGGAUUGUCUCUCGUUGGCGCAUCCUGGCAUAAUUAUCCAGCAUCUGUUGCCAUCCCCAGAGAUCCACUUCUUCUGGAAACUCUGGGCUUUGUGGUGGCCGGGUUGGUUUGGGCACUUGUGGUUUUGCCUAGAAGGGAUAUGAAGCUUGACAGGGUCCUCGGUGGUGGUCUGCUAACUGUGUAUAUAGUUGCUCUAUCUCUUAGGGUGAUACAAACAGUUGUAACUCCUUAAAUCUACCCUUUUAUUUCCACUUUUGAGCAUUCAGUCUUGAGCCCAUUACCAGAUUGAUUUCCAGGGGGUUUUGUACAGAAAAUAAUUUGCCUGCAUUUUUGAAAUAUGUGAAUACAUAGAGUGACCAUCUGUUUUGUCUAA